CUUUUUCUUGUUGCGCAAUUCGUUUGACACUGGAGCAGCAGUGGUCUUCAGAGAGCUCAGGCUGUUGAAGCUGAAACCAUGGCCCAGGACAUGACUCUGCUGUGGGGCUCCGGCUCUCCUCCCUGCUGGAGGGUGAUGAUCGCUCUGGAGGAGAAGAACCUGCAGGGCUACAACCAAAAGCUGCUCUCCUUCGAGAAAAUGGAGCACAAGUCCCAAGAAGUGUUAGAUAUAAACCCCAGAGGACAGCUCCCCUCUUUCAAACAUGGAGACGUCGUCGUGAAUGAAUCCUACGCAGCCUGUUUCUACCUGGAGAAUCAGUUUAAGACCCAGGGAAACAAACUGAUCCCAGACAGCCCUCAGGAACAAGCACUGAUGUACCAACGCAUGUUUGAGGGAGUGACCUUCUACGAAAAACUCAAUGCAGUUAUCUACUAUGACUGGUUUGUCCCUGAAGGAGAGAGGCAUGACUCAGCUCUUAAGAGAAACAGGGAAGCUCUGGCCACUGAACUCAACCUCUGGGAGGGUUACCUGCAGAAGCUGGGCUCGGACUCUCACCUGGCAGGACCAUCCUUCUCGCUGGCGGAUGCGACCGUUUUUCCAACUGUUGCUACUCUUUUCAGAUUCGGGUUGUCUGCUGAGAAGUACCCUAAACUGGGAGAGUAUUACGCUUUGGUGAAGGAGCGGCCCAGCGUCAAAGCCAGCUGGCCCCCUCACUGGCUGGAGAACCCGAAGGGACAAGACGCGCUCAAAGACUUGUGAAGUUCUCACACACCGAACAGUCUCCUCUGCCUCUAAUGUUUUGCUUUGGUGUCUAUAAAAAAUGCUUUUGUUUGAUAUAGUUUCAGCUCACAGUUUGUCAAUUAGGAUACAGCUCUUUUAUUUUAAAGGACUAGUGAGUAGGAUUUAGUGGCCCCUAGUGGUGAAGUCACAGAUUGCAACUAACUGAACACGCUUGUGAGAACGGGCUGUGAAGCGUGUAGGAGAAACUAAAGUGGUUGCCAAAGUCCCUAUCUACUGCCAGUGUUUGGUUUGUCCAUUCUGGGCUACUGUAGAAAUAUGGCGGACUUCAUGGAAGGCGACCCACAGUGUCUGCAGAUUAAAAAAAACGCUCAUUCUAAGGUAAUGAUUCCUAUGAAAACAUAUCUGAAUAUUGUAUUCAAUUGCUGCCAAUAGAUCCUUCUAAAUGUUACACACUGGACCUUUUUAAUGGCGCUGAAAGGAAAUGAAGUGUUAAUAAUUCCCAGUAUCUUCUGAAUAUAUUACGGUUAAAAAUGCAGAGAUGUAUUUCUUGUUAGUCCAAAAGUUUUGUUUCAAGUUUUUGCCAAAUAUUUGACAAAAAUCAGUUGAUAAACACGUAAAUGUGACAUGUUUGCAAGGUAACGGGCAAAAUGUUAAACUGUAACAUUGUUGACAAUCGCUUUGGUUGCCCAGAUACAUGGCGUGUGUAUGUAGCAUUAAUCUCUGUUGACUGAUACGUGCACAAGUUACUAUAACAACAGUUUAAAUGCACAUUCUGUCCCUAUGAAGUCAGUUAUUUCAGUUUAAUAGGUUUAUUAUUUGUUUAUUAUAUUUGUUGUACUAACCGUCCACUACACUGAACAUGUCAUUGUAAGCCGGCAUAUUGGAUUUCCAAUCUUACUGUAGUAAAUAAAUAAAUAAAAACUGUGGUGUCACUGCUGAA